UUCAAAUUUCACUAGGCUAUUAAACUAAAUUCAUAAAAAUGGAUUUGGAGACAAGUGAGAUUUCAAAUUACAAGUCAUCAGUAGUUUUGUCUAAGUUGGCUAGUAACGAACAACAUGGUGAAAACUCACCAUAUUUUGAUGGGUGGAAAGCAUACGAUAACGAUCCUUUCCACUUAGUGAAUAAUUUGAAUGGGGUUAUCCAGAUGGGUCUCGCCGAAAAUCAGCUAUCAGUUGACUUGAUUGAAGAAUGGAUUAAGAGAAAUCCAAAAGCUUCCAUUUGUACAAAUGAUGGAAUUGAAUCUUUCAGGAGAAUUGCCAACUUUCAAGAUUAUCAUGGAUUGCCUGAAUUCACAAAUGCGAUUGCAAAAUUUAUGGAGAAAACAAGAGGUGGUAAGGUUAAGUUUGAUGCUAAACGUGUAGUAAUGGCUGGUGGAGCUACUGGAGCUAAUGAGACUCUCAUGCUUUGUUUGGCUGAUCCUGGUGAUGCUUUUUUAGUCCCCACACCCUAUUACCCAGGAUUUAAUAGGGACCUAAGGUGGAGAAGUGGUGUACAACUUUUACCAAUUUCAUGCGAGAGUUGCAAUAAUUUCAAAAUUACUAUAGAAGCUAUCAAAGAGGCCUAUGAAAAAGGUCAACAAGCAAAUGUCAAAAUCAAAGGCUUGAUUUUGACCAACCCUUGUAAUCCAUUAGGUACCAUUUUAGACAGGGACACACUUAAAAAAAUCUCCACCUUCACUAACGAACAUAAUAUCCACCUUGUUUGCGACGAAAUAUAUGCUGCUACCGUGUUUAACGCUCCAAAAUUCGUUAGCAUCGCUGAAAUUAUCAACGAAGAUAAUUGUAUCAAUAAAGAUUUAGUACACAUUGUGUCUAGUCUUUCCAAGGACUUGGGUUUUCCAGGAUUUCGAGUGGGAAUUGUGUACUCGUUCAACGAUGAUGUUGUUAAUUGUGCUAGAAAAAUGUCGAGUUUUGGUCUUGUUUCGACUCAGACGCAACAUUUGCUAGGUUUCAUGUUGUCUGACGAUGAAUUUGUGGAAGAAUUUCUUAUUGAAAGCGCGAAAAGGUUAAGAGAAAGGUACGAGAAAUUCACUAGAGGACUUGAAGAAAUAGGGAUCAAGUGCUUAGAAAGCAAUGCAGGGGUUUAUUGUUGGAUGGAUUUGCGGUCAUUGUUGAAAGAAGCAACACUAGAUGCUGAGAUGUCACUUUGGAAACUCAUUAUAAACGAAGUUAAGCUCAACGUCUCCCCUGGAUCUUCGUUCAAUUGCUCGGAGGUAGGAUGGUUUCGAGUUUGUUUUGCAAAUAUCGAUGAUCAAACAAUGGAGAUCGCACUUGCAAGGAUUCGGAUGUUUAUGGAUGCUUACAACAGUGUUAAUAAAAAUGGAGUCAUGAAGAACAAGCACAAUGGAAGGAACAACCUACGGCUUAACUCCUCAAAUGGGGAGUACGAUGAAAAUGUUAUUAGCUUAAAUAUCAUGUCUCCUAAUUCUCCCAUUCCUCGCGAGCAAGGAAUUAAAAGACAAAAUUAUUGUUGUACAAUCAAAUAAAGCUUGUACAUACUCUUUAGUUGA